AUGGACCCAGAAUCGGUAGAAGAUAUUCUAAAGGACUCGCUUACAGUCUUUGAUGAAGAUGAAAGUAGUAAUCUUGGUAUCAGUCGGAUCACAUACGGCCCGCUCGAGAUCACAGUUGCACCUAAGGCGAACACCCUUAUGGCUGACCAAGUAUUUUCACCUUCCAUUUUGCUCGCGGAGCGUAUGGAAUUAGGACUCAUUCCCGUUCAUCAAUGCUCUGUCAUUGAACUUGGUGCUGGGACAGCCCUUCCAUCGCUAAUCGCCUCAAUCCUGCCUGUGGCCCACGUCCCCACGCUCGUAGUUGUGACGGAUUAUCCGGACCCUACAAUACUCGACAAUCUCAUGAAUAAUGUGGUCAGGAACCAGCCUCACGUCACCGCAGGAUGUGAGGUACAAUGGACAGGGUACGAGUGGGGAAAGGAUCAACGGUCUCUCCCAGGGCUUUCUCCGACAGUCUCUCCUGGAUACGACGUUGUCAUACUUUCCGAUCUACUCCACUUCGACCGCUCGCAUCCGGAGCUCCUCUCCUCUCUGUGCGCUCUACUGGCUCGUCGUUCCGAAUCACGUACCUAUGUCGCCGCUGGAGUAUAUACGCGCUCUGAACACUGCGAUAGCUUUUUACGGAAUGCAGAGGCCCUGGGAAUUUUCUGGUGCUCCAGCUACGAGGACGAGUCGCCGGAAGAUAAAACGGACGGCUGGGCCGGAAAGAUGGAGAUCACGGGUCUUCAUCCUGAACAAUUACAAGCCCGGAAGAGAAUGUGUCGGUGGUGGGUAGGAAGGUGGUCUGAGAGAUCUCUGAUGGAAUAA